AGCUGGAAACCAAACGCGCCUCAAGGGUUAUAGGGUUUUACUGAGGAAAGGUAACGAACUCUAGGGUUUUUGUUCUUCACCCUGUCCAGUUCCCUAUUCCCUCUGAUUCGUACAGGCAAACACACAACUGACUAUCCAAAAAUGGAGCCGAGAUUGGCCAAUACAUGGCGUUUAACAGUGAACGAGAAGAAAUUUAUCGAGACUGCUUUGCAGUCGGACCUCCGUAUCGACGGCCGUCGUCCUUUCGACUACCGCAACCUCUCCAUCAAAUUCGGCAGAGAGGAUGGCUCGGCGGAGGUACAGUUGGGACAGACCCAUGUGAUGGGUUUUGUGACUGCCCAAUUGGUCCAGCCGUACAAGGACAGGCCUAAUGAGGGGACGCUUUCCAUCUUCACUGAGUUCUCUCCAAUGGCUGAUCCUUCUUUCGAGGCGGGCCGUCCCGGAGAGGCUGCUGUGGAGUUGGGACGCGUAAUAGACCGUGGUCUGAGGGAAAGCAGGGCUGUGGAUACAGAAUCACUUUGUGUCCUUUCUGGGAAGUUAGUAUGGGCAGUCCGUGUUGAUCUCCACAUUCUAGAUAACGGGGGAAACCUUGUUGAUGCUGCUAAUAUUGCUGCUUUGGCAGCACUCUUGACAUUCAGGAGGCCCGAGUGUUCAUUAGGAGGAGAAGAUGGCCAGGAAGUGAUAGUGCACCCAGCUGAGGUAAGGGAGCCACUUUCUUUGAUAGUCCAUCACCUCCCUAUAGCAGUUACAUUUGCAUUUUUCAGUAAUGAGAGCAGUGUGGUGAUAGACCCCACCCACUAUGAAGAGGCUGUUAUGGGGGGAAGAAUGACUGCUACACUUAAUGCAAAUAAUGAUGUUUGUGCUAUUCAAAAAGCUGGAGGGGAGGGUGUUUUGCAGAGCGUGAUCAUGCAAUGUUUGAGAAUUGCUGGACAGAAGGCAUAUGAUAUAACUACCAAGAUUAAAAAUGCGGUUGAAUCAUACAACACAGAAAGAGCAUCAUGGAAGAUCAAGCGCCACACUACUUCUGUUUCUUCACAUGUCAGUGGAGCUGGUGUGAAUGUAGGGAAGCAAAGCCAAUAUGUUGAUCAGAAGCAUGUUAGUGACAGAUCAAAGCUGAUACCUGAGAAAUGUGUGGCAGAUCAAAGUAUGGACAUAGAAGGUAAAACCAAAUCGUCCAAACAAGGGCAAACUAACAGGAUAGAGGGAGAUGCUAAGAACUUCAUUGGUGGGCCCUCUAGUUGGGAUCCUUACUCCGGGGCUGUUAAUGCAGAUUUCCUGAAAGCUUCUCUUGCUUCGCGUGGAACAACAACACCUAGUAGAAAUGAAAAGGACUCAAUGGGAGAGAAUUCUUCAUGUGAAGUUAAGCCAGUGGAACCGCCUGAAGAUAUUAACUCUGCUUCACCUACUGAGGCAGCUGAUACUGUUUUGCAGACUAACAGAGAGAAGACUUUGAAGGAUGCUGUGAAACCCAAGCACAAGAGAAAAAAUAAAGCAUCCUUCGCUAGUGAAAGUUAGAUGAACUUUCACCAAAAGAGAUGCUGGGUUGCAAACUUCUGUUUAGAGCUUACAGAGGGCAUCUGUACUUGAAAACCCUUUGACUUUAGAGGCACACAACAUGAACAAUACGGGCAGGAGUAAAUUAACGUUGAAAUCCCAAAGAACAAAACCAAAGAUGACUGUCUGCACCGAAGGUUUGGCUUGUCAAAUUUACCUAAAUCCAAGUUAUGCUUGGUCAACGAUUGCUCCAUCUCCUAAUUUUGGCCUGCAUUUAAUGCUGCUUAAGUCGCUACUUUGUAAGGCAUUUGGGUUACUUGACAGACGGUGUCAUGCCCCUUGUAGUGGAUAAGUAGGGUUUUGUUUUCCCUGAUUGUUCUUAUUAUGUGCAUUUGUAUCCGAAGAUGUACACCAAGAUUAUACUGAGACUGCUUAAUUUUGUUACUGCACCAAAAAAAAUUAUAUUCUUUGAUUUUCAGAA